AUGUUUACGAAAAGUAUAUUUGUCGUUACUUUCAUAUUAAAUAAAGUUACUUUAGACAAUGCAAGUGAAGAAAGUAAAAGGUAUAUAGACAGAGAAUAUGAAUUAUCCGAAGGUUACCCAUUAGAUUCACUGCCUAACUUUACAGAGCUAGCCGCAAAAUAUGGAUAUCCAUCUGAAGAGCACACCGUUGUAACUGAAGAUGGAUACAUUCUAACAAUUUUUAGAAUUGUCAGAGGCAAGAAAUGUCAAGGGCCCAUUAGAUCGCCCCCAGUUUUACUAAUGCAUGGCUUGCUGAUGAGUUCUGAUGCUUGGUUGGAUUCGGGCCCUGAGUCUGGGCUUGCGUAUCUAAUAUCAAAUGCCUGCUAUGACUUAUGGGCAGGAAAUGUCCGAGGUAACUAUUAUGGGAAGAGACAUCGGACUCUUAAUCCUGAAACAGACAUCGAUUUCUGGCAAUUUACCGUCAAUGAAAUAGGUAGUUUUGAUAUGCCGGCAGUGAUUGAUUACAUUUUAAACUAUACGUCAUCAGCAAAAAUAAACUAUAUUGGAUAUUCACAAGGAGCUAGCACUUAUUUUAUAAUGUGUUCAGAGCGAAAGGGAUACUGCGAUAAAGUUCAAGUACUGAUUGGCUUGGGGCCUGAUUCAAGAAACACAUACCUAAAAUCUGUAUUUUCCAGAUUAGUAGUUGAAGCAUAUCAAGAUUUAUAUCCUGCCUUAACCGAAGUUGGUUUUUAUGAAGCAUUACCUCGGGGCGGUAUCGUUCAGCAGACCGUUGCCUUCAUUUGCCAGAACUUUGUUAUCGCCGACACGUUCUGCAGAACUCUAUUGAGUAUGAUUGACUCACCCCAUCCCGGUUCAAUUGAGACUCAAACUUUACGCGUCCUUUUUGAUCAUUUUCCUGCAGGUACAUCGGUAAAGAAUUUGGUAUGGUACAGUCAGUCAUUAAACGUUGAUGAUUUCCAGCAUUUUGACUACGGAACCCGGGCAAACAUGGAAUUGUAUGGUUCUCUCAAGCCACCUUCGUUCAAUCUUAGCGCAACAACAACUCCAACGGUUGUGAUAAGUGGAAAGAACGACUUUUUAACUGUACCAGCUGACGAGGAAUGGUUAACGAGUCACUUGCCCAAUGUGUUGGAACAUUACAUUGUACAAGACUCUCUUUGGAACCAUAUUGAUAUAGCAUAUAGUAAAUUAACAAGUAAAGAUAUAUUACCGAAAAUACUUGAAUAUUUAUUAAAAUAUAGCGAUGAAACAGAUGUGUGA